AUGGCACCAAUGAAGAUCCUCAUCAGUGGCGCAGGCAUCACCGGCAAUUCCCUCGCCUUCUGGCUCUCAAAGCUAGGCCACAGCGUCACAGUCAUCGAGCGUUCUCCUUUCCUUCGAGCCUCGGGGCUCCAAAUUGAUCUGCGCAGCCACGGAGUCGAAGUUAUGAAGCGCAUGGGACUCGAACGGGCCUUUAAGGCACAUUCCAUCCCAGAGCAGGGCAUGGAAAUGGUCAACAAAGCGGGUAAACGACAAGCCUAUUUCCCAGCAAACGAUUCUGGAGGUGUCAAUCUGGGCUUUAGUACCGGCUUCGAGAUCAUGAGAGGUGAUCUGUGUCGAAUCAUCUACGAUGAGACCAAAAGCCGGGCCAACUAUAUAUUCGGCACAUCAAUUGAGAGCUUCGAAGAAAACGACAAGGGAAAAGCGAUCAACGUGCGAUUUACAAAUGCCACAGAAGCCCGUUUCGACCUUGUAAUUGGCGCCGAUGGCCAAGGCUCGCGUACUCGAAAGAUGAUGCUCGGAAGCGAAGCCCCCGACGGGUUCUAUCCCCUCAACGGUCAAUAUGUCGGAUAUUUCACCAUUCCGCGGCCAAUCAAAGACGGGGAAGGGUAUGUCGCUGCAAUGUACACAGCACCCGGAAGACGUGGUAUCAUGACUCGAAGACACAAUGCGCACGAAAUCCAAGCAUAUAUCGGCUGCCGGGCGGAUUCGGAGCAUCUCAAGAACCGUUUGCAGGGUGAUGUUUCCGAGCAAAAGGAGGCAUUGAAGGAGAUGCUUCAAGGGGCGGGGUGGAAAACGGACGAGAUCUUGGAAUCGCUCAAAGACGCUGACGACUUCUACUGUGAGCGUAUAGGCCUUGUCAAGUUGGCUUGUUGGUCUCACGGUCGUGUCACGCUCGUCGGGGACGCUGCUUAUUGUCCGUCAGCAAUGACAGGAAUGGGUACCACUUCUGGGAUUGUUGGGGCAUAUGUCUUGGCUGGGGAGAUUGGGCGGCACUGUGGUAAGCCCUCUGAGAAGGAAUUUGUGGAAGGUAAUGAUAACACAGACGAUCUUUUGGCUGCGCUCCAGGCGUAUGAAGAAAAGUUUCGUCCUUUUAUCACUCAGGUGCAGGGAAGUGUUUCUGUUGAUGGGGGGCUUUGGGAUAGGAUUUCGGCCACGGCAUUCGGUGUUGCUCUCAUGAACUGCCUCAUGGGAAUCGCUGCUUUUUUGAGAUUGGAUCUUCUCAGCAGCUUCUCUGCGGAUCCUGUCAAGGACUGGAAACUUCCGACAUAUGAAGAGUUGCUACGGGAUUAG